CAGUUUCCGAUGGAAAGGUAAGAUAGGGGCAAGAACUUUAGUAACUCGCCAGCAGUUGGCGGCGAGACAAGUUGUGACAGUAAUGGCGUGAUCGUUUAUCUUCUCGUUCAAGGACACCUCGUCCCAGUCGGGAAAAUGGCAGCCAAUUCAAGUGUUUCGCUGUCGAUUAUUAUCGACAGAGACGCGAUUUUAGGGACAGGAGGUUACGGAACCGUUUUUAGAGGAGAAUGGAACAAUAAAAUAGUUGCCGUCAAGCGAAUUGAAUUAGUAAAAUGUGAAAACAAAAAAGAAGUAGAAGCUCUGCAGAAAUUAGAUCACCCAAAUGUCGUCAAACUUUAUCACGUUGAAAGCGACAGAGAUUUCAGAUUUUAUGCGCUGGAACUGUGCCAAUUAUCGCUGCUUCAAUUAUUCCACGGCGACGAGGCCCAGAAAAAAUAUCGCCAGAAAAUGCCCUCAGAAAAUGAAGUUUUCCUCCAGUUGGCCAAGGGAUUGGCGCACAUUCACGAAAAGGGAUUGAUCCAUCGAGAUCUCAAACCGGAAAACGUUCUCAUCUGGUCAGAUUCCGGGCAAGAAAUAGUCGUAAUGAAAUGGGCCGAUUUUGGACUUAGUAAACAAGUCAACCCAGGAGGAAGUCAUUCCAUUAGUGGAAUGAGAGGAACCCACAACUGGUAUUCCCCUGAAAUAUUGAAGAUAUUUAUUGAAGAGGAAGGAAAUGAUGGUAAAACUACGAAAACAACACCCAACAUUCGACAGAGAGGAACCGUCAAGAGCGACGUUUAUACCGCGGGACUUGUUUUUGGCUAUUAUCUAUUAGGCGGUGAUCAUCCUUUUGGUUCACCUAUCAAUAUUCAACUAAACAUUCUCAAAAAUGAGCCAGUCAAUCUGCCAAAAAUGAGAGAACAACAUCCCAUGCACAGCACGAUCAUCGUGGACAUGUGGAAGGCCAAUCCCAACGAGAGGAUUUCAUCGGCCGACGUCGUAACAAGAAUUAACAACUUGAUAAAAUUCCAUUAUAUCAAGCGCUAUAUCGGUAUAGUUUCUACCGAGGAUGACAGCAUGUGGAAUGAGUUUCUUGCUUCGGCCCCCAUGGGCAUUGCUGUCUUCAGCCAACUGAUGAUUUGCACGUCGCAGCUGACGGAUUUCCGAAUUGACAACAUCAACAAAGAAAAAACCCAUUUGAUUAAAAAGCCGAACAGUUUCCGCACAACUCUGGUGCAAAUCGCAGACGACGCCUGCAGUGCUUUCAUGAAGGCGCAGACCAACAUGGAAAAGAUUCAGUCACAAAUGGUUCAGUUGGCUGUUUAUGUAAUAGAUUGCGUCAAAAUAAUCAAAUCCGACAACAAAGUCGACAUAGAGGUGUUGGUGCCCAGACGGCUGGAAUGCAUCAUAGAAGCAGCUGACGACGGAAAGAAACUGUCAAAGGAGGUACUCGACGCUUUCGAGUUAUUGGGGCAGUUGAUUCUACAAGUUCUACUGGCGAUUAAGGCCAGCCGGGGAGCGAAAGAGCAAGAGAUUCAAGCAGCGAUCUAUGCAAAUAUUAAGGAGAAAAAAAGGCGCCAAGAAGCAGCUAUAAAUGGCCAGAAAAAAUCCGAGAAGGAGAUGAAAAAAAUCUGCGACGAGUUCAUUAAAAGUUUAGAAAAUAUGCACAUUGAUAUUAUAAAAGACAUCAGUACAGAUUCAAUGAUGCAAAUCUUAAAAGACGGAAUGAAUCUGCUUAGCAAAUUGCAGGAAAAUUGGACUGGAAUGACCCUGUACUUUCAGUCCAUCAACAGUUACAUCGAGGACAUGAAAACCAAACAUAAAGAUUUUGUCGAAGAUGCCAAAGUUGCCCAAGAAGAUUCUUCUACGAUUGAUUUCAUGGCCGAAUCAAUUGAGAAAUCGUUGGAAACUUCCAUCAAAUCACACCACAUCGCUGCCACGUACGUCAAAGUCUCAAACAGUUUUAUCAUGGAGCCUUUGAGGAACAUCCACGGAAUGCUGUCAAUCGAACCCGCUGAAAUACCAAAAGCGCAAGGAGAGUUGGUGGAAUCGUGUAAAAUAGCAUCUAAAGGCAUUAAAAUCAUAUUCAAAGAGGACGAGGAACAGCAGGCCAUCCGUGAAAUGGAAAAUGCCCUUCAAUCACCAGACCCGUUCAAAGUACUAUUCAGAAUUGAUGAUAUUGACUAACAAAGAUUAUAUUAGUUCUACAAGUUUGUUUUCUGUCGUUUCAAAUACACCCAUUUCAUCGUCAAA